CCUUGGUAGUCUUCGACCGCUGCCGCUAACUCUGUUAACAACUAUGCUAUUGUUAGGUAGACAGUUUGUGAACUAGAGUGACUGACGUUUCUCUGCACGGCGCGGGGUUUCCUAAGGUGCGAUAGGAGAUCAAUGACGACAACACAUGCUGCCCGAGAUGUUGCCACAACCAGAGCCACCUCUUCCCUGUCCCAGCAUCUGACGUAGCUUCUCUGCUUCAACUCAACCAAAUGUCCAAAGACAAAGUGAGUAGAUAGUAGGAAAAAUAAUCUCCAAGUCGUCACCAGCGUAAAAAAACGACUUUCCAUUCACGCCCUCUCCCCCCUUGCAAGAGUUUGGCCUAGGGAGAAAGACAGAGAGAGAGAGAAAUGGCUACUACCAGCACAACGACGUACGCUGUGCUCGGCGCAACAGGCAACGCCGGCGUAGCGCUGAUCCAGCUCCUCCUGAAGCGAAACGCCGACGACGUGCACAUCCACGCCUACUGCCGCGACCGCGCCAAGCUCCUCCGGCUGAUCCCAGACCUGAAGGUCGAAGUGCCCGAGCGCGUGCAGAUCUUCGAGGGCAGCACUGCCGACCCAGACCUGAUGACGUCGUGCCUCCGCGCCUGCCGCGCCGUCUUCCUGUGCAUCUCGACCAACGACAACAUCCCGGGUUGCCGCAUGGCCCAGGACGCCGCGCACGCCGUCGUGCACGCUUUGCGCGACAUCGGCGCGCAGGACCUUCGCUCGACCUCCUCCGCCUACCACCCCCUCCCAAAAAUCGUCCUGCUCUCGUCCGCCAGCCUGGACGAGCAGCUGUCCUCCAAGACCCCCGCCUGGGGCCGCGCCAUCAUGCAUCGCGCCGCGUCCCACAUCUACGCCGACAUCGCGAAGGCGGAGGAGAUCCUGCGUGCCGAGGCCGACUGGCUGACGGCCGUGUACGUCAAGCCAGGCGCGCUGUCGCACGAUAUCCAGCGCGGGCACGCGCUGAGUCUGACCGAUAUGAGCGGCCCGCUGUCGUAUCUCGACCUGGCGGCGGCCAUGAUCGAGGCGGCGGACGAUGAGAAGGGACAGUAUGACGGCAAGAGCGUCGGGGUGGUUGCUACCAAUGGCACGGCUAGCUUUCCGUGGGGCACGCCCUGGACGAUUGUGCUGGGUCUGAUAAGAUACUAUCUCCCUUGGCUGCAUCCGUAUCUUCCGAUGAGUAACGGGCCUUGAUAGGGUUUUGCAAAAGGUAAGGAAAGUUCAGGAUGGGAAAAGGGGAGAGGGGAGAGGGAGGCGGGGGAAAAGAGAUCGCCGUGUGUUAUCGAGUAAGUGUGUACGAUACAAUGCCGGGACUUGAACUUUGUACAUUACAACAUGGGACAUCCGACUCAACGUGCGAGAGGCGCCAUGGCAAAGGUUGCAUCAGCGCGGUAAAUUGAUUCUACC